AUGACAUUUGAUCCAACUAAACAUUCACAUUGUCGAUAUAAUCCGUUGAAAGACGAAUGGGUGCUUGUUUCACCACAACGAUUACAACGGCCAUGGGCUGGUUCGUAUUCGGCUUGUCACCAUAGCGUUCUAUCGUUUCUUUGCGUAGGUCGAGUGGAAGAUGAUGCCAACGACAACGAUGAAACUGCCAAUGACGAGAGUCAAAAAAAUAAUCCCCUUUGUCCAGGUGUUACACGCCCGUCGAGCAAAGAGCCCAAUCCGUUCUAUGAACACACAUUUGUAUUCGAAAAUGACUUCCCUGCGCUACUCGCUGAAAUACCUGACCCUUCCAAUGUUGAAAAGACUGCAAAGGAUGAUCUUUUUCAAUGUCAUGCAGCUCGUGGCGUUUGCAAAGUCAUUUGUUUUCAUCCGAAUUCAAGACUGACACUACCACGUAUGACGCUUGACGACAUUGCACACGUUGUUCGUACAUGGAUGGAUGUCUAUGAUGAUCUAGCAAGCAAAUAUCAAUGGGUGCAAAUAUUUGAAAAUCGUGGAGAUAUCAUGGGAUGCUCAAACCCACAUCCACAUUGUCAAGUAUGGGCUACUGAUUUUCUGCCGAACGAAGCUCGUAUUAAACAUAAAACACAAAAAGAUUAUUCUCUCAAGCACAAUGGAAAUGUUCUUCUACUCGAUUAUAUUCAACGAGAAUUAAAUGAUUUCCAAAAAGAGCGUGUCGUCGUUGAACAUGAACAUUGGUUGGUCGUCGUACCCUAUUGGGCUGUGUGGCCUUAUGAAACUAUGCUUUUACCCAAGCGUCAUGUACUUCGUUUCUCUGACCUAACCCCUGACGAACAAAUUGGACUUGGUAAGAUUAUGAAAGAAUUAUUGAUCAAAUACGAUAAUCUAUUCAAAACAUCAUUUCCUUAUUCAAUGGGUUGGCAUGGCGCUCCAACCGGUUCGAUGAUAAAUGAUGAUUGUUCUCAUUGGCAAUUGCAUGCUUCGUACUAUCCUCCAUUGUUACGUUCGGCUAAAAUAAAGAAGUUCAUGGUCGGUUAUGAAAUGCUCGCGCAAGCGCAACGUGAUAUAACUGCUGAACUAGCAGCACAAACUCUUCGUGAUCUAUCUGGUGAAGUUCAUUAUAAAGACAAAAAGAAUACUAAAUAG